AUGGUCAACACCGGCAUGCAACUCAUCAGCUUCACCUGCGCCGUGACCGGCUGGAUCAUGGCGAUAGCCGUCACGGCCCUGCCUCAGUGGAAGGUGUCGGCCUUUAUCGGCAGCAACAUCCUGACGUCAGAAAUCAAGUGGGAGGGCAUCUGGAUGAACUGCAUCUACCAGACCACCGGUCACAUGCAGUGCAAGACGUACGACUCCAUGCUGGCCUUGCCUCCCGACCUCCAGGCCGCACGCGCCCUCAUGUGUUUGGCCAUUUUCAUGGGCUGGCUCUCCUGCACCGUGUCCUGCUGCGGCAUGAAGUGCACCACCUGCGCCGGAGAUGACCGCCAAGCUAAGGCGAGCAUCGCGCUCUCCGGUGGGAUUCUUUUCAUCCUGACGGGCCUGUGCGUUCUCAUUCCAGUUUCCUGGACCGCUAACACGGUCAUUCAGGAUUUCUACAACCCCAACGUGCCCGUCAUGCAUAAACGCGAGCUCGGGCAGGCCAUUUAUUUAGGUUGGGCCGCCGCGGUUAUUUUGAUGAUCGGCGGAGCUGUGCUAAGCAGCACGUGCCCCCUGGCGCAGCGGGGCGGCAGGUACCGCAGGGGCUACGCGGGUCGCAGCUUUGCUAAUUCGCCCGCGUCUGCUCCCAACCUACCCAAAACCAUCACGUCGACCGGUCUCCCGCUUAAAGAAUACGUGUAGAGAGAAGACAUUCCGGCUUUCGGGAAACAAUGGCAAAA